AUGAAGAGAAAGACGGCUGAAGUAAAAGAUGAGAACAAGAGGAACUCCAAGCAAAUUUCUCUUGAAGAAGAUAAGGUAAAGGGUUUGUUCAAUUCAAAGAUCUGGGAUAAGACCUUCCAAGAUGGUUUGAAAAAGGAAAUUGAAGACUCUCGGCCUUACAACUGGGGUAGUAUCCAUGAACUAGUUAACGAUGAUCUCCUGCGUGCCGUUCGUAAGGAGAUUGAGAAUGAGAUUCAUUUCACAAAGAAAGAAACUGAUAUAUAUAGAGUUAAUCAAAGUGGUGACUUAGCCAACUUGUCUGGCCUGGACUGGAAUGACUUGUCACGUUUACCAAAUUUGUUUAAACUGCGUCAAAUUCUAUACUCAAAGCAAUAUAGAGAUUUUUUCGGCUACGUCACCAAAGCUGGUAAAUUAUCUGGUUCUAAGACUGAUAUGAGCAUUAACACUUACACGAAGGGUUGUCACUUGUUAACCCAUGAUGACGUUAUUGGUUCAAGAAGAAUCAGUUUCAUAUUGUAUCUUCCGGAUCCUGAUAGAAAAUGGAAAUCGCAUUAUGGUGGUGGUUUGAGGCUUUUUCCAAGCGUUUUGCCAAAUGUUCCUCAUUCUGAUCCUUCCGCUAAGCUAGUUCCACAAUUCAAUCAAAUUGCCUUCUUCAAGGUUUUACCAGGUUUCUCCUUCCAUGAUGUAGAAGAAGUCAGAGUCGACAAGCACAGAUUAUCCAUUCAGGGCUGGUACCAUAUUCCACAAGUCGGUGAAGAAGGUUACAUUCCAGGUGAAGAAGAAGCAUGGGUACGUAACAAUACUUCUACUUUGGCGCAAAUUGAAUCCAAUGUCUUGGAAGAUUUCGAAUUUCCGAAGGAUGAAAGAGAUAUCUUGUCAUUUCAUGAAGUUAAACAUUUCGAAAAAAUCUUAAAGCGUGAAGAUAAUACUUUUGAGGAAUCUAUGACAAGUAUAAUUUCCGAUUCACUCAAGUUAUCUGAGGUCGAGUUCGCCUACUUGUCUCAGUAUAUUUCUCCUGACCACUUGAGCCCGGAAGGUAUUGAAAAACUGCAAAAGCAAUUUGUUGAAAACUCAUCUCUACAAAUUGAAUCAUUUUUAAAUGAUAACAAAUCCGAGUUAUUGAAGAAAGCUAUUAAAGCAAAAGAAUUGGAACAAGAAUGUCCCUAUCAUUCAAAAGAUGUGAAAACUCCGUGGAAAACGGCUAUCCCACCACAUAAAGCCCGUUAUUUAUAUAUUGACGGUAAGGAAUACCGUAAUUUCCAAACAGAGGCUGAUAUUCUUGAGGCGUUAAACAACAACGAUUUGCCAAACUUUCAAUUUACCAAGGACGCCAUUAACGUUAUCGCCGAUGCUUCCGGAAGUGGUAAGGAAAACAAUUACGAUGCUGAGUUGGCGUUGAUUGACUUGGCUAUCUUCCACAAGAGUGCUAUCUUCAAGAAAUACUUAGCUUUGUUGACUUCAUUGUGCCCAAUCAGUGAACAGGUUCUUAUCAGAAGAUUCAGACCUGGUAUGGAUUUCACAUUGGCAACCAAAUGUCGUUUCAAUGAACUUUUGAAGGGUAAUCCAGAUGUCUUGGAUGCUAUCUUGGAGGGCACCUUAUGUUUUACACCUUCUUCUGGCUGGGAAUCAGGAGAACUUGGUGGAUAUGAGUUGUACAUGAUGGAUGAUGAUGAAGACAAUAAGCAAUACUUGAAGGAAGAUGUUGAAGAUGCUUCUGUGUAUCGUGCGGAUGAUAGCGGUGAUUCUGUUUUAAUUAAUGAUCCACCUGCUUGGAACACUUUCAACUUGGUCUUGAGAGAUGAAGAUGUUUUGGAAUUUGUAAAAUAUGUUAGCUGGAGUGCUAAAUCUAGUAGAUGGGAUAUCAAAAUGAAAUGGGAUGUCAAAACGUGUGGUGAAGAUGAUGAACAUAAAGAAGCCUGA